AUGUCUGCUAACUUAGAUAAAUCCUUAGACGAAAUCAUUGGCUCUAACAAAGCAGGAAGUAAUAGAGCCCGUGUCGGUGGUACUCGUGGUAACGGUCCAAGAAGAGUUGGUAAGCAAGUUGGUAGCCAACGUAGGAGCCUUCCAAACAGAAGAGGCCCUAUCAGAAAAAAUACUAGGGCACCUCCAAACGCAGUCGCUAGAGUUGCCAAGCUCUUGGACACCACUAGAGAGGUCAAGGUCAACGUCGAAGGUUUGCCAAGGGACAUUAAGCAGGAUGCUGUAAGAGAAUUUUUUGCAUCUCAAGUAGGUGGUGUUCAAAGAGUUUUGUUGAGUUAUAACGAAAGGGGCCAAUCUACUGGUAUGGCUAACAUCACAUUCAAAAACGGUGAAUUGGCCAGAAGGGCUGUUGAAAGAUUUAACGGCUCUCCAAUCGAUGGAGGCAGAUCAAGAUUGAGACUUAACCUAAUCGUUGAUCCAAACCAACGCCCAGUCAAAAGUUUAGCCGACAGGAUCAAGGCUAUGCCACAAAAAGGCGGAAACGCUCCAAGACCAGUAAAGAGGGGUCCAAAUAGAAAAGCUGCUAUGGCAAAAUCCCAAAACAAACCAAAGAGAGAAAAGCCUGCUAAGAAAAGUCUUGAAGAUCUGGACAAGGAAAUGGCGGACUAUUUCGAAAAGAAAUAA